UGCAUCAAAAUUUCUAAUCUCUUCGCCUCUUUUCCUUUUUUCGCAAAAUCCCCUCACUCUGUUGUUAUACCUCUAAAAGUUUUAAUGGCUUCAGCUGCUGCUGCAUUCUCUGGUUCAAUCCCUUCUCAUUCUCGCCUCCAUCGAGAUCACAAAGCUGCGCAAAUUGGGAAUUUGGUGUCCGUGGUACAAUUUAGAGAAAGUAAUCUGAGGAAGAAAUGGGCUGUUCACGCUGUGGAGCCCACCAAGAGGAAUGACUCGGUGGUGGCUUCGGCGGCCUCGGCGGUGGCGGAGGCCACCGUCGUGGUGGAGGAGACCGUGAAAGCGCGGGAAACAGAGGAGGUCGUUGACUUUGAGAAGCUAGCGGCGGAGCUGGAGAACGCUUCGCCCCUCGAGAUUAUGGAUCGGGCUCUUGCUACGUUCGGGGAUGAAAUCGCAAUUGCUUUCAGCGGGGCAGAGGACGUGGCAUUAAUCGAAUAUGCUCACUUAACCGGUCGACCUUUCAGAGUCUUCAGCCUCGACACAGGGAGGCUAAACCCCGAGACCUACAAAUACUUCAACGAAGUGGAAAAACACUAUGACAUCCACAUCGAGUACAUGUUUCCAGAUGCCGGCGAAGUCCAAUCCCUCGUAAGAAGCAAAGGCCUUUUUUCCUUCUACGAGGACGGCCACCGAGAAUGCUGCCGAGUUCGCAAAGUCCGCCCUCUUCGAAGAGCUCUCAAAGGCCUCAGAGCUUGGAUCACCGGUCAGCGCAAAGAUCAGUCUCCUGGAACCCGAGCCCAAAUUCCCGUAGUCCAAGUCGACCCUUCGUUUGAAGGGCUUGACGGUGGGGCUGGCAGCUUGAUUAAAUGGAACCCGGUUGCAAAUGUCAAUGGGAAAGAUAUUUGGAGUUUUUUGAGGACGAUGGAGGUUCCGGUGAACUCGUUGCACUCUCAGGGGUAUGUGUCGAUUGGAUGCGAGCCGUGCACGAGGCCUGUGCUCCCAGGGCAGCACGAGAGAGAAGGGAGAUGGUGGUGGGAGGAUGCAAAAGCCAAAGAGUGCGGCCUUCACAAAGGCAACAUCUCUGAGACUCAAACAGUGAACGGAGAUGCUGAGUCUCUUGAUUCAGUGAAUGGGACUCCUGAUUUGUUCCAGACUCAGGCGAUUGUGAAUCUGUCAAGGCCGGGGAUUGAGAAUCUGAUGAAGUUGGAGAGGAGAGCAGAGCCUUGGGUUGUUGUGCUUUACGCGCCUUGGUGCAGAUUUUGCCAGGCGAUGGAGAGUUCUUAUGUUGAGCUAGCUGAGAAGUUAUCGGGUUCGGAUGUUAAGGUUGCAAAGUUCAGAGCUGAUGGGGAUGAAAAGCCGUUUGCUCAGCAAGAAUUGCAGCUUGGGAGUUUUCCGACGAUACUGUUGUUUACUAAGAAUGGCUCGAGACCGAUAAAGUAUCCAUCAGAGAAGAGGGAUGUUGACUCUCUGCUUGCAUUCAUCAAUGCACUUAGAUGAGAGCGAGGUUAUGUUUUGUGGUUUCGUAUGGGAUAUUGUAGUAUUUGAUUGAGAGGGGAGUUUUGUGUCUAACGGUGGAUAUAAUUUUGAUUUUGUAGCUGUUAUUAUUUUGUAAUCCUUUUCUUCUACCUCUUCCUUUUUAUUUGAAUAGUUUCGAUCCAAUGUUAAUCGCUCUUCAUGUUGACAUA